GCCUGCAAAUGUAUGCAGGGACGCUUCAUUUACUGCAACUGGUGGAUUUCUUUCUUUCUAAAGCAGGCCCGACAUUACAUGCACAUUAUUCCGUCCAGACUCACAGGGAACAGCCAGAAUAGCCUUCCUGGGGCUCUGUAAUUUUUAAUUAUGGUUUUGCAAAGCAUGAAUUUAUAAUGCCUGCAUAAACCAGCUGCCACGACGGACUACAGCGACCUAACUGGGGAGUUUUCACCAUGCAGUUCAAGGCUUUUAUAAUCUUAUGCAACAGUUUAAUCAUAGUAGCUGUGUUUUUUUUUUACUUUGACACUUUUAAGGAAACAAGUUCAAUAACACGGAGUGAAAACAUCCUGUUUCAUAUGAAGUGCUUCUCGGACUAAAGGUUACAGGGUAACAUUGCUCGGUGAAUCCUCCUCAGAGGCACAGGAGCUUCUCUGCAGCCUGUAGUCUCAGGAACAGGAGUGAGUCCGGAAGAAGCUGAGAGGAGGACUUCCUCUGAGAGCUGCCACGUCCCGCUCCGAGCCCCACCUCCUCCUCCUCCACAGCCCGUCAGCUGCAGGACUCCAGCGGAGGAAAAGGAGGAGGAAUAACGUGAAAAAUGACCGCUGCCAUGCUGCCCACACUCCCUCUCUACAUCCUCAUCUCUGUGCCAGCUCUCCUAGUGCAGGCCAGCACUGCAGAUCCAUCCAAGAAGAGCCCCGCUGCCAGCCCCCUAAACCGCCCCCCUGCCCCUCUGGGUGACCCCAGCUGGGCCCUGGGUCUGCGCCUGUACCAGGGCCUCCGCACCGACUCCAGCUCAGUGAACACCCUCUUCUCCCCCCUGCUUGUGGCCUCCUCACUUGGUGCCCUGGGUGACGGGUCAGCCGGUGCAACUGCAAGCCAGCUCCGAGACCUCUUGAAGACUGAAAAUGACGGUGGUUUGGUUGCGGCGCUGAAGAGCUUCACUGAAGCUAACGGGUCUAGCUUUCACCUGCACACAUCCUCAGCUCUGUUCUCGAAGCAUGCAGCACAACUCAGCCAGAAGUUUGUGAAGGAGAGCCUGACUCGGUUCAGGGUGCAGCAUCAGCCACUUGAGGAAGGAGAUUCAGAGGUGGAUCUGAAGCAGCUCCUCAGCUGGGCUAAAACUGGGCUUGGUGGGCUUGAGGGAGCUCCUCUAAGGGAUGAGAUCCAGGCUAAGACUGGUGCUCUGUUCUUGGCCAAUGCUCUGCGAUUUAGAGGACUGUGGGAGAGAGAGUUCAGCAAGAAGAGCGCAGACCUUCGUACCUUCUUGGGGAAGAAAUACACCAAAGUGAUGAUGAUGCACAGAGCAGGUUUGUUCCGUCACUAUGAAGACAUUGAAAACAUGGUGCAAGUUCUGGAGGUCCCUCUAUGGGCAGGAAAGGCCAGCGUCGUGCUCCUGAUGCCUUUCCAUGUGGAGGGCCUGGCGAGGUUGGACAAGCUCCUGACUGUUGAUCUGCUGUCCAAGUGGCUGGAGAAGACAAAUGUGACCAGUGUGACCAUCUCGCUGCCCGUCGCAAACAUCACCAGCACGCUCAAUCUGCAGGCACAGUUGUCCGCUUUGGGCCUGAGCGACGCCUGGGACCCGGAGUCGGCCGAUUUCUCAGGUGUGUCGGACAAAAGCAAAGAGAAGCUGUAUCUUGGUGGAGUCCUGCACUGGGCUUCUCUGGAGCUGACUGCUACAGCUGGGAAAGGAGAUGCAGCGCUUGAGGAGGAGCACAUAGAGAAGCCCAAACUGUUCUACGCUGAUCAUGCCUUCAUCAUCUUCGUUAGGGACAACCUCACCGGAGCCCUGCUGCUGAUGGGAGCUCUGGACCAUGCAGAAGGGGAAGCCCUCCAUGAUGAACUCUAACAUGACAUAAAUCCCUGUUCUGUUAUUUUUGACUUUGUCUCUGAGAUGCCCCUCUUAAAGACGACACACUGGCUUCUAAGUCGAGACAUUGUCAUUCACUGUGGCAGCCUAUCACAUCAGACUAGGCUGGCUGUCACACGUUGACACUGCAUCCUCUCACGCUGACUGACACUGACACUGCCAUACCCGACACUUACACUCUCACACACACACACACUAACACCUACAUGGCAUACUUAAAUAAAAAUACAGUAGGAGACAUUACUGAAGUUGACAGACACAGAAAAAAGAAACUUGUCGAGGCUCCCUGCCUCUUCUCUGCAUCACACAUGUGCUCCCACACAUUCACAAACACAGUCAGGGUCUCAAUGAUCAAGUCAACACAAAGCAGACUGACAAACAAGAGUGCACUGCCAAACACUUCCAUGCUGACAGGCAGAAGUGGUUACUCUGACACAACACUUACAGCCGCAUCAACAAAGAACUCCACGAGGAGAGGCUGGCAGUGAGACUAGAGCCGCCCCGUCAAACAGCGGGGCAGGUGAUCCUGUCUGCGUGUGACUCGUUGACCCGACAGAUCAAGGGUGUCCAUGUGGCAGCUCUUAGACUCUCAGAGCUGGCAGGGAUCUAUGGCGGGGUCCCCUGGGCAGCGUCUCAAGAAGACUGAUGGGUCAGCCAAGCACUUAUUGAUGAGCAAGCUCGAUGCUAAUGGCCGUAAUGAGUCACAAGGCUUGUCAACAACACGGAGAGGGCAGGGAACCUUUUAAUCUCUUAAUACCAGCAGGGAUCAAUGACGCCGUUGUGUCACUGGAUACAAACAUGUCUGACAUAGCUUGACUGAAAUGUAUCAACUUGAUAUUAAGAACGAUUAGAGCAUUUUAAGGAGGCAUUGAUUUCCAUUUGUCUGUUUUGUUUCUUAAAGCCUCUGGAAACAUAAAGAGAAUAUUUAAAAUUCAUAUAGAAUAUCAAAAUGUAAUGUGUAAUCAAACUUCACAA